CUUCGCACAAUACGGCAGGCAGGCAGGUGUGCAGGCUGCCCCCCUGCUUUACUUUCGGUUUGCAUGUCACCAAAAAAAAGACAUAAACAACCCCGCUGGUCCGCUGACACGGAGAGAGGAAGCGGAGCAGGUCACUAACAUGACUCAGCAGGAGCGGAAGAAAUCAAAGUGAGCCCGCAACCAAGUUCUCCCCCGGCAGGUACGGACACGAUCAUACUUAUACUCGAGUCAGCAUCGGGAACUAAGGCUUGACGUCAUUCUGGUCGGGUGUAGAGUACCUUGAGGAUCUACGCGUUUUAUUUCGUCAGGGAAUGGAUUUCCAGAAGCUGCUGUUGCAGGUGGACCAGGCCCUUGACAAGGAUGGCGUUAAAGCCUUGGUGUUUCUUUGCUCCGACCUCCUGCCCCGGGACCUCAGCUCCAUUCAUUCAUCCAGGGACCUGUUCUCCAUUCUGACGGACCGGAACAUCAUAUCCGCCCAGCAGCCGCACCUGCUGAGAGAACUCCUGUACACCAUCAAACGCCUCAAACUGGUCCGUAAACUCGGUCUCACUGAUUCGAUAUCCACAACCGGUAGCCUCGUUUCUCCUUACAGGAAGCUGCUAUAUGACCUCUCGGAGGACAUAACUGAAGACAACUUGAGUCAGAUCAAGUUCUUGUUGAGGGCUCGCCUCCCACGUAAAAAACUGGAAGACGAUGUUACUACACUGGAAUUAUUUCUGGAAAUGGAGCACCAGGAUCUCCUUAGCGAAACUGACCUAAACUUACUGGUGGACAUCUUUAAAAAUGUGUGUCCGGCCCUGGCAAGAAAGAUCAGUCAGUUUGAGGCAGAAAAUGUAUCUUGUUCAGGCCCUGUUGCUCAAGAGACAGAGGUUGGUUAUUGGCAGCCAAAGGCUGCGUGUGGUGUUCCCGAGCCUCACCAGGCUUCCUCCAUGACUUUGGCAAGGUCUUCCUCAUGUGGCAGUGAAGGUUUUUACAGGUCUUCUAGCUUCGAGUCUCCACUCCCAUCUCUUCCUACAAGUUUACAGUCAUGGCCUCAGCCUCAGCAGCCUUCCAUGAGUCUUUGCAACACUUCUAAGGUUAGUCCAACGACGUCCAUCUCCGAGGACGAGGCUCUGUCAUCCAGACUGAGUCACCUGAGCACUGAAACAAGCCUUUCUACUACCUCAGGAGAUAACUCUAAUGAAAUUGAUGCGGAGGGCUUUUCGGAAAACCAGAGCUCCACAGAAAACAAGAACUUUGGCUCAGAGCAUGUUCAACCUGGACAUGCAGCAGAAGAGGAUGUACAAAUAUAUCCCAUGACAGGAACACAGAGAGGCGUCUGCUUGAUAGUGAACAACUAUGACUUCAAGCAGUCAAAAAUGUCACUCAAAAACAGAGGAGGGACCCAUAUUGAUAAAGAAAGUCUGGAGAGCGUGUUUAACUGGCUGGGCUUCGAGAUGCAGAUAGAGAACGACUGCACGAAGGCGAAGAUGCUGUCGGUGGUGCAGACGCUGGCCGAGAGGGACCACAGCCAGAUGGCCUGCCUGGCAUGCUGCAUUCUCAGCCACGGCAAGGAGGGGCGUGUGUACGGGGUGGACGGACUGGACGUCUGCCUCCGUGAGCUCACUCAACCUUUCAGGGGAUCACGGUGCAGCUCCCUCAGAGAAAAACCCAAGCUGUUCUUCGUCCAGGCCUGCCAGGGCACCAGAGAGCAGGAGGCCGUUCAAAUCCAGCCUGAUGGCCCCACGCCCGGCGCCGUUGACAGUGACGCCUUUGUACCCAGAUGCACCAUUCCCGGUGAUGCAGAUUUCCUAAUGGCCAUGGCUACCGUUCCUCAGUUUGUCUCGUUCAGAGACAAGAAUCUGGGCACUUGGUUUAUCCAGUCGUUGUGCCAAAACCUGGUCAGCAUGGUGCCGAGAGGGGUCGAUCUGGUAUCCAUCCUGACAAAGGUGAACGACGACGUCAGCAGGAAGACCGAUCGCUAUGGGGAAAAGAAGCAGAUGCCCCAACCAGCCUUCUCACUCAGGAAGAAAGUGGUCUUUCCUAUCCCCGAACACCCUCCUCCCAGCCUGCCAGUCAAUCAGUCAAAUCAGUGACAUUUCCGAUCCGUCGGGGGAUCCGCCUCGAGCCACCACAGCGAAUCCCUCAGAGGCAAUUUCACCCUCUCGCCGAGUGUUUACACAUUGCACAUCCUCUGGUCCUUUUGUGUAUCUGUGUGUAUUUGUACACUCUUUUUUUAUUCUUCUUCUAAGUGCAAGUGGUAUAAAAUUGUAAGUGGCACAACAGGCCUCCAACAUCCCGCGACCCCGAGUCGGAGCCUGGAUGAACAUUAACAAGCAUUAAAAAGGGACGUGUUGAUAGAAACAGAAGGGUGGUGAGAUAAGAAAUGGGAAGAUACAUGGGGGGGAAAUCACUGUAGCAAGUGAGCCGAGCGUUACGGAUGAGUCGAUACACAGCAACGUAGCGUAAGGUUGAGAAAGGCGUAGAAGUGGGUGUAGAGACCACGAGGAGAGAGUGAAGGCCCCGUAGACCUUCUCCUCCGUUGCCCUCCUCGAGGUUUCUCCCUAUUUUUUCUCCGUAAAAACGGUUUUUUUAGGGAGUUGUUCCUUAUCCGAUGCGAGGUGUCUAAGGACAGUAAGUUGUGUUGCUGUAAAGUCCCCAGAGGCAAAUUAGUAACUUGUGAUAACGGGCUACACAAAUGAGAUUGUGCCAACCUGCCUCAGGGACCCGUUUGACCUUAUCGAUUUUUAGUUUUCAUUGUUCUGUUUUCCAACUCUUGUAGUUUCUGUCGUCACGUUUAGCUCUGUCGUCGUCCUCCUCCUUUUUAAAUACCGUCUUUACACUAUUUGCUUUUGCAAUAAAAUGGGUGGAUUUUUUCCCCCCCUCCUCAAAU